AUGCCUUUAUCUCCUCCCCGGCUGUCCGACCAGAUAUUGCUUUCGUUUCCGGCUGACCAUGUGCUUCUAGUGACGUUCAACCGCCCGAAGAGCUUGAACGCCAUGAGUGCUCAAAUGAGCCAAGAUCUCAAGGUCGCCUUGGAAUGGUUCGACGAGGAGCCUUCCUUGUGGGUUGUAAUUGUUACUGGGACCGGAAGAGCCUUUUGCGCCGGGGCCGACCUUAAGAGCUGGAACGACAACCAACAAUCGGGUAGAACCAAUGAGCAGGAGAAUGUCGCUAGCGACCUGUAUGGCUUUGGUGCAAUCUCUCGACGCGCUACAUCGAGCAAGCCCAUAAUCGCCGCCGUCAAUGGCCUCGCCUUUGGCGGAGGGAUGGAAAUGGUGAUCAACUGCGAUAUCGUUGUAGCUAGUGAGGAUGCCAAAUUUGGACUUCCAGAAGUGAAGCGGGGUGUCGUUGCCAUUCAAGGAGGUAUCCCAAGGGUGACCGUAGUUUCUGGACGGCAGCUUGCUUCAGAGCUUCUCCUCACAGGUAAUCCAGUUAGCGCGCAAGAUGCAAGGGAUAGAUUCCGCUUCGUCAACAAGGUCGUGCCCGCGUCCCAGGUCCUUCCUGCUGCCCUUGAUUUUGCUAGGCAAAUCGUGGAAAACUCCCCAGAUGCUGUCCAAUCAACCAAGAAGGGGAUCACCCUUACGUUGCAUUACCCUGUAGACGAGGCGUUCAAUGUAAACGUCUGGAGUAACGAAAGCGCUCGUGUUUACAAGGGCGAAAAUAUCAAGGAGGGACUCAAGGCAUUCGUUGAGAAACGCCCGCCAAAUUGGAAGAACCCUGCGAAGCUAUAA